AUGGAUAACAACAUGGAAAUCGAUACUGCGCGGUCCCCCGAGCCACACCACCUGUCGCCAACAAGCGACCCCGGGUCCAUACCGACUCUGGACGGCUGGAUCGAGAGUUUGAUGACUUGCAAGCAAUUAGCGGAGGAAGAUGUGCGGCGCCUGUGCGAUCGGGCAAGAGAGGUAUUGCAAGAGGAAUCGAAUGUGCAGCCAGUGAAAUGCCCAGUGACGGUUUGCGGUGACAUACACGGCCAGUUCCACGAUCUAAUGGAGCUGUUCCGUAUCGGCGGUCCUAACCCGGAUACAAACUAUCUCUUCAUGGGUGACUAUGUCGACCGUGGCUACUACUCCGUUGAGACUGUGACCCUCCUGGUCUGCCUGAAGAUCCGUUACCCCCAGCGUAUCACCAUCCUCCGUGGAAACCACGAGUCCCGACAGAUCACGCAGGUCUACGGCUUCUAUGACGAGUGCCUCCGCAAAUACGGCAACGCCAACGUGUGGAAAUACUUCACCGACCUCUUCGACUAUCUCCCCCUCACUGCUUUGAUAGAAAACCAGAUCUUCUGUUUGCACGGUGGGCUGAGCCCGUCCAUUGACACCCUUGACAACAUCCGGUCACUGGACCGCAUCCAAGAAGUGCCCCACGAGGGACCUAUGUGUGACCUGCUCUGGAGUGACCCCGAUGACCGGUGUGGAUGGGGAAUCUCUCCUCGAGGUGCUGGAUACACGUUCGGACAGGACAUUUCGGAAGCCUUCAACCACAACAACGGCUUGACUCUGGUGGCACGUGCUCAUCAAUUGGUGAUGGAAGGAUAUAACUGGUCGCAGGAUCGAAAUGUCGUCACAAUUUUCUCAGCCCCUAAUUACUGUUACCGCUGCGGCAACCAGGCCGCUAUUAUGGAGAUUGACGAGCAUUUGAAAUACACAUUCCUACAAUUCGACCCUUGCCCCAGAGCGGGAGAACCAAUGGUAUCCCGACGCACACCCGACUAUUUCCUGUGA